UGUUGCUUCGGUUUCCCUUGUGUUCUAUGACUAUGAGAAACAGAUAAUAUCCUAUCAUAAUUCAAACUCCACGAGUUUCCUAAACACAUUAUAACUCUAAGACCAUAAUGUAACUGGAGUACAUAAGUAACCUUAAAUUGAUUUUGUUAAGGUUGUAAAAGGAAAAGAAAGAUGAAAAGCUCCAUGGGAGAUGCAGAUGCACUCCCUCAGUCGAGAUUUCCUGAAAAUACUCAUUCCAGUAUUGAAAUAACAGUAGAUGAUGAGGAAGUGAAUGAUAAUCCUAUAGAGCAAGUGAGGCUGACGGUUCCCAUCACAGAUGACCCUUCACAACCAGUGUUAACCUUUCGAACAUGGGUUCUUGGGCUAGCAUCAUGCGUGCUGCUUGCUUUUGUGAACCAAUUCUUUGGAUACCGUACAAAUCAGCUAGGUGUUGGUUCAGUUUCUGCUCAAAUUGUCACUCUCCCAAUUGGAAAGUUCAUGGCUGCAGUACUUCCCAACAAACAAAUCAAAAUUCCAUUGACAAGAUGGUCAUUUUCCUUGAAUCCAGGGCCUUUCAAUUUGAAAGAACAUGUUUUGAUAACCAUUUUAGCGAGCACUGGAGCUGCAGGUGUUUAUGCAGUAAGCAUUAUUACUUCUGUCAAGGCUUUCUAUAGGAGGCCUCUCCAUCCACUUGCGGCUAUGUUACUAGUACAAACAACUCAGUUGCUUGGGUAUGGAUGGGCUGGUAUUUUCAGAAAAUUUCUUGUGGAUUCACCAUACAUGUGGUGGCCCGAAAACCUUGUCCAAGUCUCUCUAUUCAGGGCGUUACACGAAAAAGAAAAGAGAAGCAAGGGAGGACUCACUAGGCUGCAAUUCUUUCUCAUUGUUUUCAUGUCAAGCUUUGCUUACUAUGUCCUUCCAGGCUACUUGAUGCCUUCCUUGUCUGCAAUCUCCUUUGUUUGUUGGAUAUGGAAGGACUCAAUCACUGCUCAACAGAUCGGUUCAGGGUUAAAUGGCCUUGGUAUUGGCUCUUUUGGCCUUGACUGGUCGACUGUUGCUAGCUUUUUGGGUUCACCUCUUGCAGUGCCUUUCUUCGCAAUUGCAAACACUUUGGCAGGCUAUUUCUUGGUUAUGUAUAUUUUAGUGCCCAUUUUUUAUUGGACUAAUACAUAUGAUGGUAAGAAAUUUCCCAUCUAUUCCUCCCACACUUUUGACAGUGCUGGUCAGACGUACAACAUAAGUCGAAUUCUCAACCACAAAACUUUCGACAUUGAUAUGGAUGCUUAUACCAAUUACAGCAAGCUCCAUCUCAGUGUUUUAUUUGCCUUUGCAUAUGGACUUAGUUUUGCAGCACUCACGUCUACUAUUACACAUGUUGUCCUUUUUGAGGGAAAGAAUAUCUGGUUAAUGUGGAAGAAGACUACCAGUGCUGUGAAAGAUAAAUAUACUGAUAUUCAUACUAGAUUAAUGAAGAAGAACUAUGAAGAGGUCCCUCAAUGGUGGUUUAUUGCAAUCCUGGUCGUCACUGUGGCUUUAUCACUUCUGGCAGUAGAAGGUUUUAACAGACAAUUACAACUUCCAUGGUGGGGGCUUCUCCUUGCUUGUGGCAUUGCACUUGUUUUCACCCUUCCCAUUGGUAUUGUUCAGGCCACAACAAACAUGCAAAUGGGGCUAAAUGUGAUCACAGAGUUUAUUAUCGGAUAUGCGUACCCUGGGAAGCCACUUGCUAAUGUAACAUUCAAGACCUAUGGCUACAUCAGCAUGGCUCAAGCCCUCUAUUUUGUGCAAGACUUCAAAUUAGGCCACUAUAUGAAAAUCCCUCCAAAAUCCAUGUUUCUUGUUCAGUUUGUUGGAACAAUAGUUGCCUCGACUGUCUACUUUGGCACAGCAUGGUGGCUCCUGACAACUGUUGAGAACAUAUGCAUCCCAGAGUUGCUACCAGAUGGAAGUCCAUGGACAUGCCCUGGGGACGAUGUUUUCUACAAUGCUUCUAUCAUUUGGGGAGUCAUCGGCCCUCUCAGAAUGUUUGGGAAGUUGGGUUUGUAUUCAAACAUGAGCUGGUUAUUCCUAGUUGGUCUACUUGCCCCAGUUCCAGUAUGGUUACUGUCGCUCAAAUAUCCGGAGAAGAAAUGGAUCAGGCUAAUCCACAUGCCAAUUUUCUUGUCAGCCACAGCAGGGAUGCCCCCAGCUAGAGCUGUGCACUACUUGACUUGGGGAGCUGUUGGAAUCUUUUUCAACUUCUAUGUUUAUAGAAGGUACAAGGCAUGGUGGGCUAGGCAUAAUUAUAUCUUAUCAGCUGCUCUGAGUGCUGGUGUUGCUUUCAUGGGAAUAAUCCUCUUCUUCAGUCUUCAAGCCCAGAAUAUCUAUGGUCCUGACUGGUGGGGUCUGGAUAGCACUGAUCAUUGUCCAUUGGCAAAAUGUCCUACUGCACCUGGGAUUGUGGUGGAGGGAUGCCCAGCUGUUCAUUGAGGUGCUUGAAGAUUUCCUUACCUAUAUUAGGACAUGUGGAAGACAAACUGUGAAAUUCACAGCAGGUUCAAAUAGCUGCAUAGGUUCCAUGGAAUUAUAAGUAAUAGAUACGUUGUCGUUUAUAAAUAGUCCUUUUUUUUUUUUGGCCUAAAAGGCCUAGGUCUUAGACUUUUAGCUUUCAGAUUCCUAAUUGGAUUUUAUUUUAUCUUUGAUGUUAAUAGAUUUUCUUCAUAAUUUUAUUUUUUCCUUUAGCUGAACAGGGAAGAAACACCUCAAAAUGAUUUGUUGACACGUAUCUUAAUCAAUUUCUAGUAAUUGCU